AUGGUGAAAGGAGGCGAAGCAGCUGUGAAAACCGAGCGAGACCACCUGAAAACUAUGGAAGUGUACCUCGAGGUGCUGAAACGAUUGAACGAGUCAGUGUUGGGUAAGCCUAGCGCCAUGGAGAAGCAGCUCGACCAAGAGAUAAAAGGGUCGUCCGACCUAAAUGCGCAACUGGAAAAGGACAAGCAACGUGUUGACGCGGCAUUACGGCAUGCGCGAGCGCUGGAGGAGGAAGUGAAACGCCCUUAUGAUAUUCCGAACCUGGAAGAACGCGUCGCGGAGCUACGGGAAGAAUGCAAAUUAAAGGAAGGAGAGCGCGCCAUCGAUGAGAAACUGCAAAAGGCGCGCUUAAAAAAACACAGGGCUGCCCAAGAUGAACUCAAUGCAUUCAUAGUUCAGCUCGCCAAGCUUAAAGUCGAAGGCGCAACUAUAAAAACGCAAAUUCAGGAGUUGCAAGACGAAAGCCGACAUGCAAGGGCUUCUGCAACGACUGAGACAUCGCAGCCUGUCGUUAAAACUCCUCAAAGCAAGCCCUGUUCAGCGUCACUUGAUGCAUCAAAUUCAUUCCAUUUUGAAACACUUGCCACUCCAAGUACCAGCAAGACGAGCAUCUCAAUGGGAGCCCCUGCGAGGCUAGAGGAAGAACCAAGUGCCGCUCCAAGCAUGUCACCACUGUUGAUGCCGCCACCAAUCGGUGCACGACCAAGGCCUGCCGCCGGAGGCCCUAAGCCCGAGUAUUUGACAUUACUGAGUGAACUACUACUGCAGGUUGAGUCGGCCACUGCACCCAAGCCUGCAGCACGGAAACGACCUGUGUCGUCCACUUGUGUAGAUUUAAGCAUAAUCACUCCUCCUUGCAAACGGCCACAAAUUGAUGAUGGUGGUGCUUUGUCAUCUACACCAGCUCUCAAACCACCACAUCAACAGCUUCACGUUCCUCCUAAUGAGAGAGCCUCUCUGCCAGCAAGAGCCACUCCUGCGCCACCUGGCACCCAGCAUGAGGUUGCCUCUGCACCUGCUCGAGCCACUUCGUCCCAGCCUGCAGCUGCUAAUGCUGUCUUACCCUUUGGCAAACAAACCUCGCCAGGAACACCACAAGAUAAACGCUCUAUUCCUGCCCCUCCAAUGAACCGCUGUGCUCCCGCACCAAAUGACCAGGGACCUCCAGGACAUGGAAGACAGCUAGAGGAACAAACCUCAGAUUUCUCAGCCUCCAGCUCGUCAGCAUUUGCUGGAACAGUUGUCCACAGCUAG